UAUAAUAUUUUUUUUGAAAGGCUAUCUUAGUUUGGUAUGUGUGUCGUUAUUUCAACAUUACUUUUACUUUCAAAUAGCAAAACAGCACUCUGAAAACGUCCUAGUUACAUAAUUUUAAUAGCUUCUUUCCUAUUAGAAAUCAUGCGUCAAUAGAAAAGAAAAAAACUUUUAUUGUCAUUAUAAAAAGUUAUUUUAAAAACUCAUAAAGAGAGUAAAAGGAAAAUUGAACAAAUAAACUAGGAGGAAAUUUUAAUUUCUUCCAGGAAUGAAUGGCUUUUGGAGUAGUUGUAUGAUAACUGAAAAACUGCCAGAAUUUGUAAAAGUUGUUGAAGUAGGUCCACGGGAUGGUUUACAGAACGAAAAAGAAAUUGUGCCAACUUCUACAAAGGUGGAAUUUAUCAAUAAAUUAUCGGAAACAGGACUUAAAACGAUAGAAAUAACUAGCUUUGUUUCUCCAAAAUGGGUUCCUCAAAUGGCAGAUCAUAAAGAAGUAUCUCAGCAGAUCACUAGGUAUCCAGAUAUUAGUUAUCCUGUUCUUGUACCUAACCUCAAAGGAUUCCAAGCUGUGGAUCUUUCUCAAGUUAAAGAAAUAGCUAUUUUUGGAGCUGCUUCUGAAUCUUUUAGCAAAAAAAACAUAAAUUGCACAAUUGCGGAAAGUUUGCAACGAUUCAAGGAAGUUGUAAAUGCUGCUAUUUCUGCUGGAAUAAAAGUCAGAGGAUAUGUUUCCUGUGUUGUAGGAUGUCCCUAUGAAGGAACCAUAAGUCCAGCAGCAGUUACAGAUGUAGCCAGUAAGAUGUACGAUAUGGGUUGUUAUGAAAUAUCUUUAGGAGAUACCAUUGGAGUUGGAACACCAGGAUCUAUCAAAUCCAUGCUGAAUGAAGUCACAAAAUCUUUACCUGUUAAUGCUUUAGCUAUUCAUUGUCACGACACUUACGGACAAGCUCUAGCCAAUAUUUUAACAUCAUUACAGAUGGGAGUAAGUGUAGUGGAUGCAUCUGUUGCUGGUCUAGGUGGAUGUCCUUAUGCUCAUAAUGCAUCCGGAAAUGUUGCCACUGAAGAUGUGGUGUAUAUGUUGCAUGGAAUGGGAAUUAAAACGGGUAUAAAUCUAAGUAAAUUACUAGACGCUGGUGAAUAUAUAUGUCAAGCUCUUAAAAAGACUUCAAGAUCCAAAGUUGCUGCAGCACUAAGCAAAUUGUAAUAAUAUAUCAGUUUAUUGACAGUCUAUUAGAUUUCAUGCAACACUCACAAGAUUAGAAUAUGAUAAAAUGAGUAUCAUGUAUUUUGUAAAGGUAUUUUAUUUAUAUUUUCAUAUAUUUCAUUUAUUUAUUUAUUCAAUAAGAAAAAUGUUAUCAUAACAAACAGUUAUUACUAUUUUAAAGUAUGAGAUGCUUGAUUUGAUGAAUGUCUGUCUAUUUGUAUACUUAUAAAAAAUGAGAAAAUAUAAUGUUUAUAAAUAGUUAAAAUAACUUAAUAUUUGAUAAGAAAACUGAUUUGGUAUAUUUAUAGAAUACUGUUUUACUAAGAGUUUUAAUGGUUGCAAGUUGUCAUGAAAUUACUAUAAUUAUAAACCUUAGAAUACUACUUUAAUAUGACAAUAAAACUGCUUUGUUUUGUUUAAAACUAAUAAUAAGUUAUAUUGAAACUCAAAUAUUAAUACAAUGAUGCUUUAAAUGUAUUUAUGUCCAAAAUUAUUCAAUGGAUUUUGCAUAAUUUUGCAUAGUUGUUAUUCCACUUUAAAAAAAUUAAAUAUAAAUUAUUUAAAGCAUUACUUGCUUCUGUAAUAGUUUACAAUGAUUUUGCAUAAGUGUACUUGUAGCUGACUAAAGAUUUAAUGAUACUGAGUUAAUUUUAUAAUAGUAUUCAUUUCAUAAAAAAAAAA